UUGGGUUAGUUAUAAAAAUUCAUCCCUGAGCAGAGAACAACGCGACCAGCACAGAGUUUCUAAAUGGUGCCUUGAAGUACGAGGUCAAAUCAUGACGUAAGUGAUCUUCAGGUCGGAGGUCUAGAAAGAGGCCCAAGUUGGAAUUGUGAGUUGGAUGUCAGUUCAAAACGAUUUUCCCCAGUCGGAGCUCGGUUUGUUUUCGAGUUACCAGUUGUCUUGAAAGCACUGAAGUCGGCCAUUUCCGAGUUGUUUUGGACGCGUCAUAAAUACUAACAGUAUGGCGCCUCAAGUGUUAACGUUCUGAAUUUUCGCCAUCGUUGACGUCUUUUGUACGUUUCGAAGUUCUCUCAGUUUGUGUGGUCAGUAAGUUUACCGACUUUCAAACAACACUUUGUUUUACUACAAGAACCUGAAGAGUACUGCAAACAAAUAUAUACAAUCUGAUCCACUUAAAGCUUGACGGACGAAAAUCUAUGCAGAGUCCAGAUUGGAGAGGGAAUACAUUGGUGGUGCCCGUCGUCAAAAGCUAAAAUGAUCACCAGACGAAGAGGUCAUUCAGACAACACCGAUGUGGAGGUGCACACCUCAAAUUGUCCUUUUGAAAUUGAAGUCCCUGACUUUGUUGAAACUAUACAUUUUAAAACGAGUCCCUACGAAGACAUGAGCUCAGAGAAUGGGGAUAGUACAGUCGGAUUAGAGCUUGAUGGUUUAUUUGGAAUCGACAAGUUAGACUGGACAUUUGAGAAGGAUGCUGUCUCCCCUCUUUUUGACAUUGGAUUGACCGAAUUAGGUGUGGGUGACACAACAGAUCAAGAUUUUGGAAUUGGCGCGUCCAGGACGCCAUCGCCAGAAGGAAUGUCUGCAGGUCAAAAAAGGAAGAGGAGAGAGAACCUGUCUGGGCGCAUCAUCAACAAGAACGCCAUCGCUGCAAGAAUGAAUCGUCUGAAAAAGAAGGAAUACAUCAACGGGCUGGAGAAUAAAGUCGGGUCUCUGUCGUCAGAAAACCACAUACUUAAACAGGAAAACGUCCAAUUGAAUAAGAGGGUGGAAGAGUUGGAAGAUGAGUCGAGGUACCUGAGAGCUGUGUUGGCCAACGAGAGUAUGUUAGCCCAGCUGUUGUCAAGGCUGAGCGGUGUGAAUGGCAUGAAAUUAUCUUCCUCACUUUUCCAGGAGUCCAACAAGAACGAAGACCACGAUUAUGCCUUGCCUAGGAAACUUGUGAAGAUGGAGAAGGAGACCUCUGGUGGUGUCUGUCUGCACGUAGACAAGAACCACGUCUCAGUGGAGUUCUGCACUAAGUGUGCAGAGAGUGCAAGCGCAUCACUCAAAAUUUUUCUUCUAGGUGAUGAUUGUUCAACCAUGCUGGAUGAAUGGGUUACAGAACGUCCCUGUCUGCUUGGCUCCAUGUGGAUUCUGCUUCGGAAGCUGAAGAGGUGGAACUCGCUGCUGCCAAGUUGGCCUGUUAUUUUUUUAAAGGUAGUAUAACAAAUGGUGUAAGUGACUACAUGUUACCAGUAUCCCACCACACCUUUGAAAAAAGUAGUGAAUUUAGAAUAUUGUGUUCCACUACCUAUUGCAUUGA